UCAGGACAACAGAAAAGUUGAGAGAGCUGGCUUCAGAGAUUGCUGGGAAAAUGUGACGUGUGGAUCCCGAUGGCCUCUGUCCCUGAUGAUUCAGUUAUUGUUUGAUUUAUGUGAUCUUGCAGCUGCCCUUGCUUUGACCCUGGGGAUGGCUGUGUGGGAAGCUUGUGUCUCUAAGAUAGAGUGAAGUGCCGCUCUGUAAUGCAUUUGGAGGCAAAGUGAAUGCAAAGAAACAGAUAAAUACAGAAAACACUCUCUUUGCUCCAGAUGGACUGAAAAGAGGGACUAUAAGAGGACAGCUCCCUGGAACGAAGUGGUGUCUGAUUUUUCGAAAGCACGAAUAUAUCCAUACUGAAUGAAGCAGUGGGAACUGGAACAGAGCAUGGCAAAUACCUUUGUAACAGUAUCUGAUGGAUACUGCCUUAGCGAGCCAAUACAGUAUUAUGAUGUCUUACCAGAACAUAUCAGCUAUCCAGUGCAAGACCUUGACUUCCAAGCUGCUCCUUACUGCCAAUAUUCAACUGUUCAGUUCCCUCCAAUAUUACAGACACCAUCUCCACAGACUCAUUACAAUUCAUACAACUUGGACUCUCAGUUCAGCGAUGGUCAAUACAUCAUCAACAGUUGUGAACUCAGUAAACCCACCUGCAUGGGUGCCCAUCAUGAUGGGGGAGGAUACCCUGGACAGAAACGACCUAGGCUUAAUCAUUCUGCCUUACGAAUAAAAGGGCAAGAAGAGCUCUGUGUAGUUUGUGGAGACAAGGCUUCAGGAUAUCAUUACAAUGCACUCACCUGUGAAGGCUGUAAAGGAUUUUUUCGACGGAGCAUCACCAAAAAUGCAAUAUACAGAUGCAAGAGUGGAGGUCAUUGUGAAAUGGAUAUGUAUAUGAGGAGGAAAUGCCAGGAAUGUCGCCUAAAGAAAUGUAAAGCUGUGGGAAUGCUGGCUGAAUGUUUACUAACUGAAGUCCAAUGUAAAUCAAAACGUCUCAGAAAAAAGAGUAGUUUCCUUUGUAACAUCAAAAUGGAAGAUGAGGGAAUGGACAACAAGCAUGUAUCUUCUACAACCAAACUUUUAAAAGUACAGGAAAGAAUGGAAUUUACUCCUGCAGAACAUGAACUCAUUGAUCAUAUUUUGGCUGCCCACCAAAAAUGCACAAUUCCAAUGGAGGAAGCAAAGAAAUUUUUACAGGAAAAUGCUAAUCCAGAAGAAAAUUUUCUACGUCUUUCGGAAACAGCAAUGGUUCAUGUGCAGGUCCUAGUAGAUUUUACAAAAAGACUCCCAGGGUUUGAAAGCUUAGCCAAUGAUGAUCAGAUUGCACUAUUAAAAGGUUCUACAAUUGAAGCAAUGUUUUUACGCUCAGCACAGUUAUACAAUGAACAAGGGAUUGAAUAUCAGACACCAUUUAACGAAAAUCAUAUAAAAUUUUCUGACCAUACUAUAUGUGGUCAAGAUAAAAGUGCUUAUUCCAUAGAAAUGUCUCAUACUGAAGAAAGUCCAACAUCUACUAGUACAACAGGUAUAACUGAGGAGUUUAUCACUGCAUUAUUUUAUUUCUACAGAAGCAUGGGAGAACUUAAUGUGACUGCAGCAGAGUAUGCAUUACUUGUUGCAACUACUGUGUAUUUUUCAGAUCGACCACUCCUAAAAAACAAGCAACAUGUAGAAAAACUCCAGGAACCUUUUUUAGGAAUUCUGUACAAAUACUCAAAAAUCUAUCACCCUGAAGAACCACAACAUUUUGCCCGUCUCAUAGGGCGGCUCACUGAACUCAGAACACUCAAUCACAACCACUCAGAAGUACUAGUAACAUGGAGAACAAGGGAUCCUAAGCUGACUUCUUUACUUUGUGAAAUCUGGGACUUGCACUGAAAAAUUGCUAAUUAUAUGAAUUGUUACAAAGGGCUGUUUUUCUCAAACAUGCUAUUUCUUAAUUCUUACACUUUUAUUUUAAGAAAUCAUUUAUGUUAAAUGGCUUAUAUCUCAUAAAAACUGUUAUGAUGACUAUUCAAAAUACUAGUUUGUGUUGUGAAAGCACAUAUAUACAUUUUUUGUUAGGCGAAAAACAUGAAAAUGUGUGCAAUUUAUUGACAGAAUAUUAUUGCCAUAUCUGAAAAGACUUAUGGAAAAAACAUUUAAAAUGUUAUCUGUGUUAAUGUGGUGAGAGGAGGGUUGCAAUUUCCCACAUGGAUUCAGACUGGCCCCUAAUUUAGUAUUUUAUAUUAUUAUAUUUCAUAAAGAAAGAAAGAAAAACCCAUGGUUAUAGGAAGAAUGUUUUAUAGUCCAUGUGAUACACAUACCUGACAUUGCAGGUAUUACAAUCUGUAAUAUUUGGGUACACUGCAUAAAUGAUUAAAUUUCCUAUUUUACACAUAUGCAUGCCCCAGCCAUGUCAUUCACAUAUGCAUGCCCCAGCCAUGUCAUUCACAUAUUUAUCUUGUUUGCCAAAGCUGAAUACUCACAAUAAUUAAACAUUAACAUUUAAUAAAAUUAUUUCACUUCUAUGUGAAAUGAUGUUGGGGUUGGACUAUUUUAGAAGUAUAUUUUAAAACUGAGAUGUCAACUUUUCCAUACUCCAUUGAAAGUUUAAAUUAAAAGGAUUUCAUUUGUGAGUAUAACUAAGAUUUCCAGUGAUUUUCAACAGGAUACUGUAUAUAAGAUAAAAAAUUAUUGAGCUGACCUUGACUCCUGGAGACUACAUGCAGACAACAAUGUUGCUUUUUCAGCAAUAAUGGAAGUGACUUUCACUGCAUUCUUCUGGGAUAUUGGGUUUGUUUGUUUCUUUUCACUUGUCAGUCCAGCCCACAGCCCUGGGACUUUCAUCCUCUUCUAUCCAAGAACUAACCAGGUUCUAUCCUGCUUAGCUUUUUAAGAUCAGUCAUGUUUAGCUAGAUGCUGAUAUCUGCUUGGAUUUCAUGGUUUAGUUCUAGAGGCUAAUUCAGACUGAUAUUAAUGAUUUAUAGUAAUGUUCUGUGAUAAAUAAUCCCCAACUUGUCUUUUCAUAUAAUUUCUCAAUUAAAAUAGCUUUCUGAUAAUUACUAUUAUUGUAGUUUUCAAGGUAUGUCUUAAAAUGUUGAUGUUUUUAUAUUGGAAAUGUUAUGUUUGCAUUUAAGAAUUAUUAUUCAUAUCCAAAAUAAUAUUGGGUAAAUGACAUCUGAAUAUAAAGCUAAUGUUUUUAAUAAUGAAGCAUUUUGUUUAGUGCAAUAUUUUUCAGGUAUAUAUUUAAGUGUAAUAAAUGCACUAUCAGUCUGAUUUUCUGCAGCAAAUGAAUUGAUUUUAUAUGCUUAAUUGGGUCAAAAAUCUUUUUUCUAAAAUACAUUUGUACACAUUUAAAAUAGUAGUCUUCUAAUUUAAAAUCAUAUUGUAUUAUCUCAAAAUUUGGAAGAAAAAAACAGACCAAAGGUAGAAGAGUUUAGAACUAAAGGAAAAAAUUGGCUAGUCACAUCUGUUAGAUCUACCUAAAUCAUACAUAUUACAUUAUAUUACUCUAUUCUUGUUUAAAAGCCAAACUAGGCAUGAUGAUUGGAAAAACUGUAACAUGAAUGUAUCUCUACAGUAUUGUUUUUUGCCACCUUUCACAAGUAGUAGCACAGAAGGCUGCUACUGGAUGGUACAUUCAGAGGUUCUAUUAGUCAUUCCCCAUAGUGCAAUUUCUGUAAAUAAAUACCACCCAAUUGCUCUCUUUGUUGGUGGGAAAAACAUACAUUGCACAUCUUCAUUAUCUUGUCUAGCUUGUCUGUGCGCAGAUUCUCUAAUGCUUCCCAAUUCGGUGCCAAUGAAAUCUGCUUCAUGUCUCCUUUUCGGCUUGCUCCACUUCUAAAUGCAAGUGAUGAGCGAGACCUUGAUUAAUUUGCUUACAGUACACUAUCUGCUAAUGUUAAGCAGCCUUACUUAUCUGAAGGGUAGUUUACCCUGACUGGUAACGGCUCUCCAGAACUGAACGCGGGACGUGAAAGAAGGUCAACUGCUUGUAAAGGAUCACGGGGGGAGGGGCGACUGGCCUAUCUGUUCGGCGGCCAUGUGAUCCCCUGGUUAACGAGAUACCGAUCCUUCUUUAUCUUUAGGCGGACGCAAGGACGGCUCCCCACCCCGCCCCCUCCCUUUCCCGAGUUCCUCUGGAGCAAAAGGCGUUAAACCGUCGGUCUGCGGCUCGCGCUUUGCACACGGCUCAUGGUCGGUCUAUUUCCCGCCUUUUUCUUCUUUAUUUGCUCCAGUGCUUGAGUCUUUACACUCGGUGCCGCUGUUUGAGGUAAUAGUAACUCAUUCACGCACGCAUCUCCCCCCCCCCGCUCGCCUAAGGGCUGCUUUUGGAUCCCCCUUUCUCAGCGCCUUGUGGUGACCGCCUUUCUCGGUCACUUGUGGUGUCUCAAUGUGGGACGUGUACGGGAGUAACAUUUUUCAUAGUGAGAACGGGAUACAUACCUGUGAUCUUUUCUCAUGACUGUACUUUAAGAGCUUUACUGUUACGGAUGCUAUUGCACGAUGAAAAGAAUGCUUAAUAAUUGAAAUAUUUGAUAAUUAUUGUAGGUUAUAUAUGCCAAUUAAUAGCGAAAUGGAUGAAGUAUCAAAUUUAAAAAAAUCUCUGCCACAAAACCUAGGCAUGUUAGAAAUGUAAUGUUUGGUAUUUGCAUUUCAUUGUCGUUGGAAUGUAAAAUAUACGUUUGGUUAAACUUGGUUCUUGAUUUCAUCAGUAAUGUUGACAAGUGACACAUGAAUUCAGACUAAAGUAAAGCAUUAUCCGAACAUUAUUAUUUUUAUGCUGAUUGGCUUUUCAAAAUAUAUGCUGGGAGAUUGAGAAACGAUCUAGAAAUCCAUGUCUGAGAGAGACUAAAGGAAGAGGAGAGAGAGAUAGACAAGAACAAAUAGAAAUGAAUUGCAUUUAUUUCAGUUACACAUAUUAACUUAGGACAGUCCUAAAGGAGAUUGAUCCAGAAAUUUCACUGAACUCAUUGCGAUUCAUUUACAGGUAAAUAGAUUGUGGCUUUAGUUACAGUACUGUGACUAUGCUUUAAAGUAAAUCACUUUAUAAGUCCAUCAUUAAUUCCUGACAGUUCAAAGGCAGUUUCAUUAUUAUAUUUUGAUUGAAAAUAAGCUUUUGUACUUGCUUCUGUCCCUCUAGGUAAUUUUUAGACUUUGUGGUCUUAUGCCUGCGCUUUCUCUCCUCUUUCUCAUGAUUCCCAUCUAGUCUUGCCAGAUUUGAAAGCCCUCCUUUCAUUUUCUGACAAGGGCCCUGGAUUUCUACCCCCACAUUUCUGUUUUAUUAACACCAUAAUAUUCCUCACUAAAAUGUCCAGAAAGAAAUAGUAACCUUAUGGAGAAUUUUGACACAUAAUAAUGAAACCUAUGCAAGAUAAAACCAGCUUUAUCCAGAAAAGUAUUUUCCAAAAAGCUGUAAUACCAUCUAAACAUUUUAUUAUUUAAUUAUGUGUUUGUUUGUUAAUCUGUUCCAUUUGUAUGCUGCUGAAUCUGCCAGGGGCUCCCAGUGAUUUACAAAAAUAAAUCAACAAUGAAAACAUCCAUGGUAAACAAUGUUUUUCUUCACUUGAAUGACAAUAAUGAAAAUUCAGUAUAAUAAAAUGUUUGAUUAGAAAUAAAAAUGUUUUGUAUUAAGAAAUUGAAAGAACAUAUUCAGGCAAUUCAAAAGAUAUCUCUAAAUUGAGGAUCUAGAUAAUGAUAGUUAAAUGUAUGCAUCUUACAUAAAGCAGCUUACUAUGAUCUUAUGUUCUAAGAUCCCUAUGUAUAUGUUUGAUCCCAAUCUGUGUCACUGCCUCAUGAAUAAUAAUUUAUUUCAUUGGAAUUGGUUUUUUUUUCCUGUUAAAUACUGUAUAGGCAAUGCAUAUUCUCUUAACCUUUUCUCCCAUCUAUUAAAGAUGUAAUAAUGCUGGCCUACUAUGUAGGAUUAUUGUAAGGAUUCCUGGGAUUGUAUAAGAGUUCACACUGAUCUGUAGAGUAUGAAAAAGUACAAAGAAAAGCAACCUGGUAUAAUAUGUAUAAUAAAGUAUAUAGCAUUGCUAACAAUAUUUUGAGAUUUUGAGCCUGGUAUCUUUUUAGACUGAGAAAGUGGAAGAAGAAAAAUCUUUUAAAUUUAAAUUGUUUGUACCUCCAAGACUGAGUAAUACCCAGGUAUCUGCAGUCAAACCACAGACAAGUACACGAGAUGGGGGAUUUUUUCAGGUAAAUACGGAACUAUUCUU